AUGGAGUGUGUGGGCACGCGCAUCCCAUACGCAAAAUGGCGCCUGAGUGCGUUCCGACAACUGCUAGCGACUUCACAUGCUCAGGCAGUCAAUCGCGGCAUCGCGACCUCGCGAAAAACCAACCAACCCAACGAAACUACGUUGGAAAAGGAAACAGACAAUUCGACUCCAGAAACUGCUCCUCCUUCACAACGGCUUCCGCAGUCCCCUCUCCUUACACAUCCUCGCUCUGGGAUUGAGAAGAAUCGCAAGAGACGCCCCACGACACAGGAGGAAGCCGACCUGCUCAAGAACCCAUGGGCCUUAAUGCUGGCUUCGCCGGCACGUAUGUGCUCUGUAACUGGUGCACGACUUCCAUCUGCCCUGCUGGGGACUUGGGGGCUUAUUAGACAACCAACGUCGGACGACCUUUAUAUGAUCCCUGUGGGUCUGCUGCAGGACUCGCUGCAAAGCAAUAAGACCAAGAACCUUAGCUCAUCGCCGGAGCCAACCAUUCCAGACCAACAAGAAACCAAAUCGAUGGCGAUACAAGGCCAGGAGAAGGGUCCCUUAAUUGCAUCACCAAUUCCAAAAUCCUCAGAUAAGCGCACUGGACGCCAGCUCGUGAUUCGCAUUGCUGAGCUCCUUCCACUUAUUCGAUCUAUUUCAGUGCCACUCUCCAGGAAGGGUGGAAAAAGACCAGCCAUUAUGCGACUGUUGCCGUUCCGGUGGAAGCAUCCCCAGGGGCCUGUGAAGGCGAAUGAUGAGAAAAGAAUUGUUUGGUCGAAGGAUACGCCGAAAUUAAUGUUGCGCAGUAUGAGAGAUGUCGUUGUCAAGAAGCUGAGUGCAGUCCUCGAGAAAUACAAGCGCGUCGACACCUCCAAUGGGGUCUGGAAGGCCCUGGAUCUACCCGAGUACUCGGAUGCUGCGCUGAAGGAGGCUCUAGGAAGCCUGGAGCCAUUUGAACGUAUGGAAUGUGGUGCAGUCCUGCUUCUUGGCUCACAGAAUUCCGCGGCUGCUGAUCAUGGGUCUCAAUCGAGUAGCUCUUUGGACUCCGUGGCUCUCACGCAAACUGGGUCGAAGGUUCCUGUGUUUGAUCUGUCAGUGCUUCUUUCAGAGUCUGACAUCAACAAACUCCGUGAAUCCCACGGUCAGUUCCAACACACUGCACUGUUCUUCAGACCAGAGGAGCAGCUCGGUAUUGACGCGAUGAUAUCCCUCUGGAAGAUUAAACGGCUUUUGAAUGGUGUUGAUCCGAUAGAGCAAUGA